AUGGAGCUACCCUGCCUGCCCACCGAAACCCCCACCACAGCCAGCUCCUGCUCCACCGACCCCCUGUACGACAACUGUCUACCCCAUGCCGGGAGAGGGAGGGAUAGAGGGUUUAGGGAGAUGGAGAGAAAAAGGGAAAGUGGGGGACUUUGCAACCCUGCUGUAACCGGAAUCCUUCACCCCUCCUCCCUCCCUGGCCUGGCCCCAGCUGCAGCUGUGGUUCCCACACUGGGAAUGGGGAGAGAUGGAAGAGGAGGGGAGAGAGGGGCUGGCGUGCUGCCAGCUCACAGUCACUGCAGCUGGGGAGGCCUGGGAAGGCAGGGCUGGGACAUGGGGACAAACAGAGGAGAGAGAGGACGAGGGAAUAAGGGAGUGCAGGAGGUGGAGAGCGUUCGGCAUCAGCAGAGCCCCAGCCCGAGCCACAGCGACACACACGAGAGCGCUCUUUCCGUCUACGACAACCUUCACGCUGUGACCCCUACCGAGGACGCUGCCAUGGAAACCACUGUGACCUUCCCCACGCCCCAGCGCUUCCUGAGGGCCCCGGUGCCGGUCUCGGGGUUGAUGGAGGAUGGAGGGGUCAGCGGGGAGAGUAGCUCCUGGUCUUCCUGUGAAAUCCUCCUUGCAGGGAGCAGUGCCAGCAAUGUACCAGACCAGUACCAAGACCUUGACCCAGAACCAGAACUGGACUUUAACCAGGACGAGCCCAUGUUCCAACUCCAGCCAUUGAUCCAACCACAACCCCAUCGACCAGAUAACUUCUCCCAUCUCCAGCCCCUUGUCCCACCUCUACAGGCUUCUGCCGCCCAUCCAGUAGAGCCUCUCCAGCCUUCUGGUCCUAUCACUGUACCUGUCCCUGGGGCCCGGGUUCCCCCUCCCCUGCCCUUGGCAGACCCCUCAGCCAGCGCCCUCCGCAGCCUCCUCACCAGCCUCCAGCAGCAGAUAGCCAGGCAGAGAGAGGAGUAUGAGGAACGCAUACACAGUCUGGAAGAGAGGAACGAGGCUCUCCAGGUAGAGGUGUUUGACCUCAGGGCCAGCCUGGCUCAGCAGAGGCGGUGGUACUCUGUGGUCCAGGCUAAGAUCUUGGAGUCAGAGAGGGGCCGUGCUGCAGCAGACCUCCGAAACGCAGCCCUGCAGAGGGAGAUGGAGCAGUUCUUUGACACCUUCGGAGAGCUCAACAACGAGGCCAAGAAGACGGAGAAAAUUGUCAGGAGUUUCUGAGACUGACCUUUGGCCGAGGGGUGUGUACUGUAUGUGCUGAGGAAGUGAAGUAUGUAUGA